AUGAGCAUGGAUUCCAUCACCAUGAAACAACUUGGUAGCAUCCUUACCAAUAUGCUCCAGCAAGUCCGGCUCUCUACCAGGAUGGUGACCCACAAAUUCCUCAACGUCAUGAACAACAACACCAUUAAUGAGCAAGCGCCGACCAUUCUUAACACGUACUGUGAACUUUUCCAAGCUCAACACCGGAAGUUCAUCAACCGGAAUACCCCAAGAAAUCCUCUGACGCUGGAGUUCCAAUCGUCGUUGAAUUUUCUGGAAUUGACCCUUUUGAAUCUUAUUCACCAGAAACCGCUUCAAGUCCGUAGCAAGACCCAUCUUCUCACAGAGCCAGAUGACCCACUUCGUUGGGUCCCAUUGAAACCACCUGAUUCCAUUGGGAUAGUCAACCGGGGCCUCAUGGUGGAAGUUAUGAUAUCUUCUCCCUAA